GCCAGUCAGACGCCAGCAGAGUCAGACUGGAGCGAGCCCCCUCUGCUUGAGCUGCUUCGUCCUCUAACGGCACCUCUGUGAACUUUCCAGACAAGCAGAGAGACAGAAGCGGAGCAGACCUGGAGGAUCAACCGGUGUUAACACAGAAGAUACAGCUGGUGGACUGGUGAACUAUUACUCAUAUCUGGAUAACAAGUGACUUACUGUAGCCACCGUGUCCCGUGGAGCCAACUCACUGAGCGCCAGAUCUCCCGCUGCAGAUCUUGAAGUUGCAACGCUAUACCAGAGCUUUCUCCAAGGCGGCCCCUGAGCUUCACUAAGUGAUGUACCAAAGCAACAUGUAGUGGACAUUAUGAUCAUGGAAUAGUCGAGGCCAGCGCCAGUUCUCCCUUUAACCCUGUCACCCGAACCCUGAGCUGGUGCUGUGACUGUUUUUCACAGAGGUUUGUUGGAGUUUAGAAACGCACCAUUGUUACUCUAUGUGGUCAGCUGAAGUUUGUCUGUUUGGAAUAUGUUGACACUCAUGACUGUUCCCUAUGAUCAAGUCUUUUUUGGUUUUCUGUAAGUAAUCGAAUAAGAUUCUAUCCCUGCACUUGACUUGAAAGCUUGUGUAAAAAAGUGACUGUCAGAGCUUUUCUGUGUAACAUGACUGCUCAAUGGGACUGCAUUUGGAAGUGUGAUUUUGGACCUGAAGAGUUGCCAUCCUGUUCAUGUGCUGUUCCCAUUAUUUUGUGCAGCAGCUGCAGUUCCACUGCAGCCUGUCUGUGCUCAGUGUGUGUAUCAGUGUGGGUUAUUCACAGUGCUGCUAUGCAGACUGACUGGAGCCAGGCUCAGACAGCUCCACUGUAACCCUGAUUCUGAGGCACAGGCCUGGACUGCUCACACAGAAAGAAACCUUUACAGCUGAGGAAAAGCUUUCUGCAAGUCUCGAUCCAGUGGGACGACAUAUGGGGAAUAGCAGAUGUUACAAAGUUCUGUGUACUAAUGUGGAUUAUUCAGGAUGCUGCUAUGCAGACAGAGUGGAGCCACAGAAAACCUGCUGGUAAAGUUAAAGUAACACAUGGCUGUGCAGCUUCUGUCAGUGCAAUUGAACAGUUUGUGUUACACAGUUGGCAGCUGAAGGCCUGGCAGGAAGGUACGGUCUUUGCAGGAUUUAGAGUGUAUUAUAGAACAAAAUUCAUACCAGUUAAGUGUGUGUACAUUAUAAACUAGAAAGUUUGACAUAGACUGGGACCAAAAGUUGUGCCUAAAACACAAAAGUCCCCUUUGACUUUUUUACUGUAAUGCUUCCAGUAAUUCUUCCGGCAGGUGAACCUUUAGAAAGAUGACACUCAGUCUUAUAUAGUGAGGGAAACUUUUUGGAAUUGAAACAUUUUUUUAGACCUCACAGUUGAUAUAAGUAGUUCUGUUUCACUUCCAUUUUGCAGUUGAAAUUAGAUUUAUUGUUGAAGUUCAUUUCACUUAAACUGUUUAGUUACACUAAUCGUUGGAAAAUGAAGAAUCCUCAUCCACUGAGUAAUAAGUGGAAUAGAUCCCUUAACAAAGACCCAGUACUGAUCUCUGUGCCAGGCACGAACAAGAAGUUCAAGAGGAAGUCUCGUGAGCCUAAAAGGCUUUUCAGCGGACCUGAGCCUGAGAGGAUGAAAACCUACCCAGUGGACAUGUCUGAUGUGGACUCAGUAGAUGACAGUCAGACGGAGACAAGUAAUGUCCGCAGGCUGGCUCCACUGCAGAGACAGCUGCUGAUUGCACAGGAGGCGAAAGCUAGUACUGCAGGGAUCCUGUCAGGACUACCAGAGGGUAACAUGGCUCCAGCUCAGACUGGUGCCAUAGACAUGAGAAUUGGUAUUAACGUGCCAGCUAUCACUUCCAAACUGUCCCAGUUACCUGCCUCUCCAUUCUCUAAUCCGGAGAUCUCCCACUGGCCCACAGCUAUCUCCCAGCCUCUGUCCAACAGACUCAAACUGGGUCUUCGCUCCACUUUCCCUCUGUCAACAUCAGUCAGCAGCAGCCACAGCCACUCACCCAACCACCAGGCCUUCUCCAUGGAGCCCUCUCUGUCAGGUCAAGCUGCAGCUCUGCCUGUCCCCAGAACUUCCCAGACCUCUCAGUGUCACGAACAUGUGGAGCCCCAGGUCCAGUCACCUAAGGAGUCUCCUAGGAAGCGGGUUGGGGUGAUUGCUGAUGGACCUGGGCGUCUUCCAGAGGUCAAAGCCAUACAGCAGACCAGGAGGCUUCUAGCCAAUGCUAGGGAGAGGACCCGUGUCCACACCAUCAGUGCUGCGUUUGAGGCCCUGAGGAAGCAGGUGCCAUGUUACUCCUAUGGGCAGAAGCUAUCGAAGCUGGCUAUAUUACGUAUUGCCUGCAACUACAUCCUGUCUCUGGCUCAGUUGGCUGAGCUGGACUACAGUUCAGACCACAGCAGUCUGAGCUUCUCUCAGUGUGUGGAACAGUGUACCAGGACCCUGCAGGCUGAGGGCAGAAGCAAGAAGAGGAAGGUUGGGAGGAUGCCAGAAGAUGUGUGAUGUUUUGAGACUACUGUUACCAGAAUCUUCUCUUCUUGCAUCAGCAGGGUGCAUCACUGCAUGAUCACACAACCAGCCUUAGGCUCAACUCAUCUGUUGUAUUGGGUUGAACAAAUAAGGAUUAAAGUGCAAGAUCCAUUUGUGUGGAGAACAAUAAAGUUCACUACAGUAACAAAUGAUAAGCAAAAAAGCCACAUUAUGUAAACACCCGAAUGCAAUCAAGGUUUACAUAAAAACAUGGCUAAUAAUGUUUUUGCUUUCAUUAUGCCCCUACUUGGAUGGAACUGGCAUCUAGUGAUGAUGAUGGUGAAUACAAUGACGAUGACAAAUAUUUGUAGACUGUAUUUUUAAAACAGAAUGGAAAAUUCUUUCUGACAUUUGAACUUAUCUAACACUUUAAGUAUUAUUUUUUCAAUAAAUAAAUAAGUUAGAGUUGACAGUGUUUACAUAAAGCAACACUUCGUACACUGAAUGUUUUGAUGUUAAUCUUAUGAUUUUGUUACUAUGUUGUAUAUAACUUUAAGAAAUAUUAGUUAGCGUCUUGUUUCCUGAUACUAAUUCAAAAUUAACUGUGAACCUUUAAGUUCCAAAGGUGUGCUCAGACUGAACACCAUAGUCCCACUAAUUUGACUGUUGAAUUGUUUUUGCAGUCCAUUUUUAUAAGUACUGACUGCACAGAUGUUAGCUAAAAGCAACAUACACAUAUUAACACUUGCCAGUAACUUUCUGUGAUUUUCCUACAUACAUCUCUGCUUUUUUCUGCUCAACAUACGUCACGAUGUGGAGCCAUAAAGCCAUUGGAUAAGUAUAAAUUUUAUGCUCAAAUUCAAAGAAUUGCACUUCACACAGAUGUUUUUGCCUUAAUUUGUGCCGUUAGAAGAGAAUUUUGGGGCUCUCACGUCUUUCCAUUGGCUUUAUUUGCAAUCACACAGCUUUUAAAAUUUGCUUUGCCUUCAGUCUGAACACACUUUAAGGGUCAAGCCCCAUUGGAAAUGAGCAAAUUGUUCAACACCACCUCUGUCACAUCUAGCAAGUAGCUUGUUUUAUACCAGUCAUGGUGUAAAUAGGCAACCCAUAUGGAAAGAAAAAAUGGCCAUAAAGAUUUCAGAUCCAAAAAAAUAAAUUCUAAUGUUCUUAUUAAACAUCUGGUAAAGACUCCAUCAUUAUGUGAAAUCACCGUGGAGCUCAGUUUUUCUUCAUUUGCGUAAAGUUAAGCCGCCUGCUAUCCAAUAAUGCUUCGAGAGGUGAUUCACUUGCAUUCCCACAUACAGCUUUACUUUGCAGCUCACAGCGUUUAGUGGGCUACACUGAUGAUAAACGGUGUUAGAUGAUGAAUGUACAGUACAUAAAAUCUGAUACACAAACAUAAAUAAAAAUACUUUGACCUGUUUUCAUUUAAAUAUUUUUCAGACUAAAAGCAAAAUGUAUGAAUCACCUAAUUAGAUUAUCUUGUUUAAAUGAUCGCUUAACCCACAUUAAAAAAUGACAUUUUCUCAUGCAGAUAGUUUUGGGUUUUAUUUUUCCAAGCUUUGAGACAUCUGUGUCUGAGAUUUCUGCAUCCACCCAAAUGAAAUGACAUUCAUCUCCAUGUUAUUGGGGUGGCAGGGUUUGAGUGGUACACAACUCAAAAUCUCAGCAAAAAAAUCUGAACCUAUCUGGUUCCGCUUAUCCUUGAACCGAUUACACUGUAAAUCCAGAUAUAAGAUCCUAUGAGGUGAACCAUGGACCUGCCACUUAUAUUUGUCUCCAGUCAUCUAAGGGAGGGGGUGGAUCAGUCAGCUAUAUGAUAACUCUGUGAUGUGAGAUACAGUACAAGUACGUUCAGGCUUGUCAUGUCUACAUAAAGUGAUGCUGUGAAGCCACACACAUCAGGUAAACCCAAACAGAAUAUUGUCAACUGAAGCACAGUGCAGGAGUGUUCAGCAUUGACUAUAGCAGGUAUAAUCUGACAAUGUGGUAUUGCAGGUAAAUUAUCGUAUAUGUUAAAGGAAAGAAAAGAGGUGUCAACUGGUGUUUUUGGUGGGAAAAAUUUAUUUUCAUGUGAAUUACUGUAAAUGCGGUGCAGUUACAGCCAUUAUGUGUACUGUAUGAUGUAAGUAAUUGACAGGUGGAAAUGGUGGAAUAGUAAUCAGCUAAGUUAUUUAAUAGGUUGUGUAUUCUGUGUAGAGACAUCAUACUUUGUAUGAAGCCUACUGCAGAAGCAAAUCAGCAGCCUGUAUUUCUUUCUCUCCUCAAACAUUAUCUGGCUCAAAGAAUGACAGCAUACUUGAGUGAAAAUUUCAUCAACACAAGGCUGGGAUACGAGGGUUCUCAGGAUGUCUGGAACACGCAAAAAUCAUUUGUCACCAAAUACAAACCGUCAAGAGGGAAAGCAAAGACCUUCAUGUGGUGUUCUUGGACUUGGCCAAUGCCUUUGGUUUAACACAUGAGAUGCUCUGGACAGCCUUCAACUCCUUCCAGGUCCCAAAAUGUAUCACACAACAUGACAAAUCCUAUUUGCUGGAUCUCCAGCUCUGCAAUUCAGUGAAAGAAUACACCACCACUUGUCAGCAUCUGGAAAUAGGCAUUAUGGCAGGAUGUACAAUCUCUCCUCUGGCCUUCACCAUGGCAAUCGACCUCAUCAUUAAACACUGGGUCAUAGGAGGAGGAGUUCUUAAGAGUGGGGUCCGGCUUCCCCCAACUAGAGAAUACAUUGAUGACAAUUUGGAGGACACCAUAUGUCCUCCAAACAACCUAAAAAUCUGAUUUGGAUAGGAUCCAAAAUGUCCCUUAUAUGCAAGUCCAACAACCCUCAAACAUACAGUAUACUGGUCAGCAAAAACACCAGUCUAACACAAGGAAGGUAUACAAUACUUGGCGUCACAACCAAGUGCUGAUGUACCUGGCCUGUGAGCUUGAAGGUGUGAGAACAACAUCCAGUGCAUUGCCUCUGAAUGCCCAUACAACCCUCCAACACCCUUCAUCUGUGAAGGAGAGAAAUUCUGAUAACUGCUUCACUUCCAUACAUAAGCCUAAUUAAUGCAGCUAGGGACUGGUAUAUGCUUUUUCCUCUAGGUCAAAGACUCCCACCAGAGAUUUUAUAGAUCCAACCUGAGACAAGACUUGGUUCUCUGGUACUCAGUACUAGGUAAAUCUAGUAUUAAAACUAAGUCAGUCUAUUCCAACAGUCCUGUAGUAGAUUUUUCUUGAUGAAGGUUAGAAUGUUCAGUUUGUGUUUAAUCUGUUUUAAAGAGGCAUUGAUUCAAUUUCAUAGUCAUCUUGGAGGAUGUUUGUGUUGCUGUUUAACUGUAUUUCAUUAUACUGACAGACGUUUCUAUUAUGUUGUUCAUCCAAUGUUAGGGUAGACGGGAUGCAAAAUAAUAAAAAAACUUAUCUGUGUGUGUAUGAAUUUUUGAUUAUUUGUUGAU